AUGAGCGGUGCAGAGAAUAGCAGGAGAAGGCAGUUGCUGCGCGUGCCCGUAAUAGAUUUGGAUCGGGUUUCAGACGAAGAGCAGUUGCUGCCAGUGGUGAGAGCCGUGUUGCUGCAGUAUGAUACUUUUCUGUUGAAGAACUAUGCUAACAAGGCGGUGCUGGAUGAACUGCUGGAAGAGCUUACGGCAACGGACCCGGCUGACACGAGCCAAGGGUUCGAUGCGAACUUCACUGGUACAUUGCCGCUAGAGGACGAUGUUUGGCUGGAACAGUACAUCUUUGACACUGAUCCUCAGUUGCACUUUGACCGGAAGUGCAAGAAUGAGUCGCUGCGCUCGAUCUAUGGUAGGUUGUUGAAAUUGGGUGUGUUCUUUGCGCAAUUAUCUAUGAAAAGCGUGGUUUCUAGCGGUGAAUUGCAGGACUGCAUCAGCAGUACUCACUUUGCUGCCAAGUUGACUCGUUAUUUUAAUGAUAACUAUAACGCCCAGGAUGCUGCAGACGUGAGUGCUACGGUGCUCCCCACCGGGGACGAUUUCCAAUAUCAAUUUGAGAGGGAUUACGUUACUCUUCUGCCGACAGGCCUGUUGACUAUCUUUCCCUGUGCCAGGGGCAUCCGAUACAAACCAUCGACUAUGGCGGCCACAGACAACUCUUGGGUGACCAUAGAUGAGCCUGAAUGUCUCCUAUUCCACACAGGAACCCUGUUGGCCCGUUGGUCUCAGGGUAUGCAUACUACUUCGCCCCUCCAGAUAGACGCUCGUGCGAAUAUCGUUUCGUUGACCGUAUGGCCUCCACUUGCUACGGCCAUCGGUGGUGAAGGGGAGGGCACGAUUGCCAACCAAUUGUUGCAGCAGCAAAUCAAGGCCUUCCCGAAAGUGGCCCAGCAGUACUACCCGCGCGAACUUAACAUUUUGAAACUGCAAGAAGCUAUGAAAUUCAUCAAGGAAUUGUUUACUGUUUGUGAAACCGUGUUAUCUUUGAAUGCGCUCUCCAGAUCCACAGGGACUUCACCAGAACUGCACGUUUUGCUGCCUCAGAUAUCCAACAUGAUGCAAAGAAAAAUAGUGCAGGAUGACAUUUUGAAGCUGUUGACCAUUUGGUCUGACGCAUACGUGGUUGAGCUGAACUCCAGGGGCGAACUGACCAUGACCCUGCCCAAAAGAGACAACCUUGUGACUUUGACCAAUAAGUCUAGAACUUUGGCAUUUGUGGAGAAGACUGAGGUGUGGUACCAGCAAGUGAUAGUGUCCAAGGAUGACAUUAUCACUGAUAUACCCAUUUUUAAAAUAAAUAAAAGAAGAUCAAGCACUAAUCUUAAGGGCAUUUCGGGCAGCAAAGUGCUAACAAAGAGUUCUGAUGCUAACGCGCUCAAUAAUUGCAGGUAUCUAUCGAACAAGAAGGAAAAUUUCAUGUACAAAGAAAAAACUCCUGAUUCGCAGGCAAACCUAAUGGAUCGACUGCGCGAGAGAGAGAGACGUUCGGCUGCGUUGCUUUCACAAAGACAAAGGCGCUAUCAACAAUUUCUAGCGAUGAAAAUGACUCAGGUGUUUGAUAUCCUCUUUUCGCUGACUUGGGGCCAGCCUUACACGGAAACUUAUCUCAGCUCACUGGUCGUGGACAGUCUACAAGACAGUAACAACCCUAUUGGUGCAAAUGAGGCAAGCAAGAUUUUGGCCGGAUUGCAAGAAAUUUUAUCAGUGGAAAUAUCUGUUCAUCAAGUGGACGGCGGGCUGAGAGUUUAUAGAUGGAACGGCUUAGACAAAAACAAAUUCUCCAAGUUAUUGGAAAUUCACAAAUCCAAACAACAAGAUGACGAAGAUAUUCAGAUAUAA